AUGAGAUUGCCCACCCUCUCCACGAUCCUCUCCUGGGCAGCCGUCGCGUCCGCCGUCGCCAUCACAAACGAGACCUCGCCCUCCCCGAGCAUCCCCAACGUCGUCCAGUCUACCUGGGACGGAAAAUGCUUCUACCCUACCCCGGACGCCGCCUUCGACCUCGACUCCUACCUCGGCCGUUGGUACCAGGUCGCCGGCACCGUUGCACCCUUCACUGCCGGGUGCAAGUGCAUCUUUGCGCAGUACUCUCUCAAUGAUAACGGCACCGUCAAGGUGAACAACACCUGCGAAGCCGGGGGCCGCGCCAUCAACAUCCUAGGCACCGCCGCGCCAGCCGAUCCGUCGUACGGAGCCAAGGGUGUCCUUCGCGUUCAGUUCCCCGGCCAGCCCGGGCCCGAUUGCGCCGGCCCGAAUUACAUUGUUCAAGACUACACCCCAGACUUUGCGCUCGUGCAGGCUAGCAACUUUACGACUCUGUUCGUGCUCAGUCGCCAGCGGAACCCGGAGGACGCGGUCCUCGACGCUUGGAUCGCGCGCGCCGGUCAGCUCGGCUCGAAUCUCGCAGACGUUGUCAAGACGGAUCAGACCGGUUGCCAGUUCGCAUGA